AUGGCGCCAACUAUGGGAAAACGUGAUAUCGACCACGUUGAUCUGACUGGCGAUGAUGAUAGAUAUGCGCGCGCUCAGAAAGCCAGCCGUAUCGCUCCGGUCGUGAGCCUGGACGAGGAAGUACAGGUUGUGCCUUCGUUUCAGCCUUCCCAGUCCUUUGCACAGAUCGCACAAGGAGAGGAAGAUGAUGAGGCGGCGGAUUUGGUUCAAGGAAGCCAAGAUAUUGACUAUAUCAACACUUAUAUGCUCUAUGGUCGUAUGCCUACGAAAAUUGUUGGCGUCCGCUUUUACAACGGCCAGGCCACGAUUGGCGAGCGAGUUCUUCUAGUUCGAGAACCCAAUAACCCCUAUGAUCGGAAUGCUAUCCAAGUCAAAAAUGUCAUGGGUAACCAAAUUGGCCAUAUCGGGCGCAACGUUGCAGCAAAACUAGCCCCAUAUAUAGACUCCAGGGACCUUCUUGUUGAGGGCAUGCUGACCGGUUUCAAAGGUGUUUACGAUUGCCCGAUGUCUUUGAGCUUAUUUGGAACCAGCGACACUUCUAAGAUACAGGAGCUGCAACAGAGAAUGGAACGAGACAAGCUUCCCGUGAAUGAGGUGAAGAAGACAGAACGAGAGAAAGACAGACAGCGGCGAAAACAACUCCAACAGGAGCUCAAGAGCAAAGGAAGGCCUGGUGAGAGCAUGGACACACUCGCCAGCCAGAGUACCAUCUUCAACCCUCGAGAUGUCAACAAAGUCGUUGAGGAAUUUGGUCUUAAUGAAUCGGACCUGGCAAACAUGCUAAUGGCCGACAGCCCCGCAGCUUUGGCGACUGAACUUCUUCACUACCAGCGUCAAGGAUUGGCUUGGAUGAUCAGCAAAGAAUCACCCACUCCGCCUCCAUCUGGGUCUGAUGCCGUGGAACAGCUUUGGAAGAGAAAAGGAAAUUGCUUCAUGAAUAUUGCUACUAACUAUACGACGUCUACGGCCCCUCCGUUGGCUAGUGGUGGUAUAUUGGCCGAUGAUAUGGGUCUUGGAAAGACAAUUCAGAUAAUUUCUUUGAUUCUGGCUAACUCUCAGCCCAAGACCCCAGAGUCGUCCGCAUCCACUUUGAUCAUAUCUCCCGUGGGCGUGAUGAGCAACUGGAAGAACCAGAUUGAGCUUCAUACUAAGAAGGAGCAUGCUCCGCGAGUGCUGGUUUACCAUGGUACUGGCAAGAAAGAGGCCGCAAACCUCAGCGACUAUGAUGUGGUGAUUACGAGUUAUGGCGCUCUGGCCAUGGAAUACAAUGAAAAGUCCAAAGUACCACCGAAAAGAGGUAUUUUCUCGGUCCACUGGCGCCGUGUUGUUCUUGAUGAGGGUCACACAAUCCGUAACCCACGGUCUAAAGGCGCUCUGGCCGCUUGUCAUCUGCGAUCGGGCUCUCGCUGGACGUUGACCGGAACGCCGAUUAUCAACUCACUGAAGGAUCUGUACUCACAAGUUCGCUUCCUGAGACUCUCUGGUGGUCUAGAGGAUUUGGAAGUAUUCAACAGUACUCUAAUCCGGCCUCUUUCGCGUGAAGACCCUGACGCACGUUUACUUCUCCAAGCACUGAUGGCUACUAUUUGUUUGCGGCGUCGGAAGGAUAUGAACUUCAUUAAUUUGCGCCUACCUCCCCUCACUUCUCGUGUUUUCCGGGUCAAAUUCCAUGCCCACGAGAAAGAGAAAUACGAUAUGUUCUUGUCUGAAGCGAGAGGUGCGCUCUCAAAUUUCAAGGCCAAAGAACAGACCAAAGAGUCUACCUACUCGCAUGUACUGGAAGUCAUUCUCCGCCUGCGUCAAGUUUGCAACCACUGGACGCUAUGCAAAAACCGUGUCGACAAAUUGGCUAGUCUUUUGGACAAGCAUAAAGUCGUCCCAUUGACCCCCGAGAACAUCAAAGCACUUCAGGACAUGUUGCAGGUUCGAAUCGAGAGCCAGGAGACAUGCGCCAUUUGCCUUGAGAUUUUGGAACAGCCCGUGAUUACCGCUUGUGGCCAUGCUUUUGACCGGGGCUGCAUUGAGCAAGUAAUCGAAAGGCAGCACAAAUGCCCCAUGUGUCGCGCUGAGAUCAAAGACACGACCACACUGGUCUCUCCUGCAGCUGAGCUGGGCGAGAGUGCAGAGUUCGCUGUCGGCGAUCCGGACGACCCUAGCAGCAAAAUCGAAGCGCUCAUCAAAAUUUUAACAGCCCAAGGACAAACCCCUGACACCAAAACAGUGGUCUUUAGCCAGUGGACAUCUUUUCUGGACAUCAUCGAACCGCAUCUCAGAGCAAAUGGAAUCGAAUUCGCCCGCAUCGACGGCAAAAUGAAUUCCAUCAAACGUGACCAGUCAACUCACACGUUCUCUAACGACCCCAACUGCAAGGUCCUCCUUGCCAGUCUGAGCGUCUGCAGCGUCGGACUGAACCUGGUCGCUGCUAACCAGGCCGUUCUCGCAGACAGCUGGUGGGCCCCCGCCAUCGAGGACCAGGCCGUGGACCGUGUCUAUCGCUUGGGCCAGACGCGCGAGACAUCUGUCUGGCGUCUGAUCAUGGAAGACAGUAUCGAGGAUCGCGUGUUGAACAGACAGGAGGAGAAGCGGAAGCUGAUGCUUGAUGCUUUCCGGGAGACUGCUAAGAAGAAGAAGGGCGAGGACAGAGCUGCUAGGAUUGCUGAGCUUGAGCAGCUUCUUGCUUGA